GCGACUCCUGCGUGGAGGUGUCCCGACGGCAUCGCUGUCGCGAUAGUCUAUCGAUCCAGAGACUGGCUCCUGCCCGGGGGCAGGGGGGCUCCUUUGCUCCCCCCGCCCCCUUUUUAUUUUUGUAAUUAAAAUAUUCUAGGGGGGGAUAUUGCAGGACUCUUACCCCCCCACCCCACCCCCCUUGAUAUUUAUAAAUCGCUCUCGAGAGUCGCCCGUGGCGAUGUACAACACGGUGUGGGAGAUGGACGGCGAGGACACGGACUGGCGGGAGGUGAUGAUGCCCUAUUCCACCGAGCUCAUCUUCUACAUUGAGAUGGACCCGCCAGCUCUUCCUCCAAAGCCCCCAAAACCGAUGACUCCGGGCAACACAAAUGGAAUAAAGGACAAUUCCAGUUUCUCCUUGCAGGAUGCAGAGUGGUACUGGGGGGAUAUUUCAAGGGAGGAGGUAAAUGACAAAUUACGAGACAUGCCAGAUGGAACAUUUCUGGUGCGCGAUGCAUCAACCAAGAUGCAGGGAGACUACACUCUGACAUUGCGGAAGGGUGGCAACAACAAACUGAUAAAGAUUUAUCAUCGGGAUGGAAAAUAUGGUUUUUCUGAUCCAUUGACAUUUAACUCUGUUGUGGAGCUGAUUAACCACUACCGCCAUGAGUCUCUUGCCCAGUACAAUCCUAAGCUUGACGUGAAGCUGAUGUAUCCAGUAUCCAGGUAUCAACAGGAUCAGUUGGUGAAAGAAGAUAACAUAGAUGCAGUAGGUAAAAAGCUUCAGGAAUACCACUCUCAGUAUCAGGACAAGAGUAAAGAGUAUGACAGACUAUAUGAAGAAUACACCAGAACAUCACAGGAAAUUCAGAUGAAGAGAACUGCAAUUGAAGCAUUUAAUGAAACCAUUAAAAUAUUUGAGGAACAGUGCCACACGCAAGAGCGAUACAGCAAAGAAUACAUUGAACGAUUCCGCAGAGAGGGGAAUGAGAAGGAAAUCGAACGAAUUAUGAUGAAUUACGAGAAAUUAAAAUCACGCCUGGGAGAGAUCCAUGAUAGUAAAAUGCGUCUGGAGCAGGAUUUGAAGAAACAAGCUCUGGACAAUAGGGAAAUUGACAAGAAAAUGAAUAGCAUCAAACCCGAUCUUAUCCAGCUACGCAAGAUCAGAGAUCAGUAUCUUGUAUGGCUCAAUCACAAAGGAGUGAGGCAGAAGCGAAUAAACGACUGGCUGGGAAUCAAAAAUGAAAAUAUUGAUGAUACUUACUUUGUGAAUGAAGAAGAUGAAAACUUGCCACAUUAUGAUGAGAAAACUUGGUUUGUUGGGGAUCUCAACCGUAUCCAAGCAGAAGAUUUGCUCCGUGGGAAACCUGAUGGAGCAUUUUUAAUUCGAGAGAGUAGCAAGAAAGGAUGUUACGCUUGUUCUGUGGUAGCUGAUGGCGAAGUUAAACACUGUGUGAUCUACAGCACUCCAAGGGGUUAUGGGUUUGCAGAACCAUAUAACCUGUACAGCACACUUAAGGAAUUAGUCCUUCAUUACCAGCAGACAUCCCUCAUUCAACACAAUGAUUCCCUAAAUGUCAGGCUCGCCUAUCCUGUCUACGCACAGAUGCCCUCCUCCCUUUGCAGAUAAAUUCUGGGGAGGGGGAAAGUGUUGGCUAUCUUGGAUUCUUUUCUACAGUUUUUAUUAGAACUCUGAGGGCAUUUUUUCUCCUUAGACUGCUUGUUUUGCACAAGAAGUGAUUCUGUGAAUGUGAAUCAAAGAGGCCUAGCAGCAACAAGACGACAACUUGGGUGUAGGUGUCCUGGUGCUACCUAAAGCUCAGCUAUGCUUUUACACUGAUACUUUUUUGUUUCCCUCCGGGGGGAAUAAACUCAACAUAAACACAUCCAAAAAACUGGAAGCAAAACAUUUUAUGGAGAUAAUUUUUUGCCAGGCACCUUCAGCAGAACUUUUAAUUGGGAUUUUUUUUCUUGUUCUUGUGGAGACAAUUUUGAAGCCUCUAUUGAGGCAUCAGUAAUGUCUUUCAGUCUUAAACUCCAAGAAACUAGGGGGGGAAACUCUACACAGCAAUGCUCUCUGUUAAUUUUAGCAGCUUCACUGCAAUUCAGCCGAACUUCCAAAUGAGGGCUUAUCUUGAGGAGGCGUGGAAUUUGGUGAGAGAAGACCAAAGGAAUUACGGGAAAGCUUCAGGUUGUUAUUUAAAAGGAAAAAAAAUCCUUAUAAAGAAAAGUUGCUUUAUUUUUUACCAACAGUAACAAAGUUUUUUGGUUUCAACGACACUACAGGUCUUCGUGUAAAGGAAAUGUUUAUAACCAAAUUGAACCCACCAAAACUUUGUUCGUUGCUGGAUUGAGCACUUAUGGGGGAAGGUUGCAUUAGCAUCCACAUAUACUUUCUACACCAAAACUUGAAACAAAUAAAAGGAAAAGCUAAAACUUCUUGUGUGGUUUUGAAAACUCUAAUCUGUCUGAUUUGAUGUAAUUGCUCCUCCUUCCUCUCCCCUCUUCUGUUUGGUUUUGUUUUUUGUUUGUUGUUAUUUUGGGACACUUCUUUCCAAAUCUUUUAGAUACUAUGCUUUGGAAUGUAAACCAGAAUGAAGCUGGCCACUCAUGUUUUGUGAGUUUUGUUGCUGAAUGAUGAACUAUUCUUUUGAAACCCUUGUAACUGUUUUGUAAUGUAAGUAUAAAGAAAAGGUGCAAUGCAGUGCUUCUGGAUGGCUUCUUAUACCAAAUAAUUACAUGAAGACCGGUCCUCAGAUUUUUUCUAUUAUAAAUAGUAUGCUCAAUCAUACAAAUGCCCUUUGACUUGUUCACCCAUGGACCAGAUUCUGAUUUCCAUUACUUCACUGAAGUCAGGUACUCAAGAUUUUAUGCUAGCAGAAUCUAGUUCUACUAUCUAUAGCCAUGUUUAGUGUUGGGUAAUAAUAAAAAAGUAACCUGCAUUAUUUGUAAACACAGCAGCCAGAUAAGUAGUAGCCAAAGGAGGAAGUGGAUCUUCUGCUAUGAGAUAGGCAUAGACUAUUCUAAAAACUACAGGUUCUCUUGUGCCAUCUGCUGAAGCAUCUGAUACUGUCAGAUGCUGGGUAGGCAGACCCUGGGUGUAACUUGGUGCAGCAAUCCUGUGUUCCUAAAAUGCUUAAGCCAAGGAAUAAUUGCACUUGAAGAGAGAUGUAGGUUGUCCCCAUUAUAUGCUUGACUCAGUAUUUUGAUUUGCUACUACUGAGUCUCUACAGUGGAAAACUAAAUUAGGUAAGAGUAGCUUUGUUUGGCAACAAAGCACAAAUGGCAAAGUAAUUAUUCCGUCUGUGGCCUUAGAAUUAAAUUUUUGCUAUUUUUAGUGGUAGCAUUUUGUUUCAUACCCACUGUAUGUUAAUUGCACAGGCACGGAAACAGUCUAGUGUUAAGACACAAGCCUGCAUGUCAGGAGCCCUUGGGUCUGUUUCUGACCCUGCCACUGACUUCUUGUUUGAACUUGAACCAUCUAUAAUCCCUACGGAAUGAUGGCAAGGUUGUUGCUUAAUUAAUGUUUGCACUGAGAAAUCAAACACAGGCACUAUAAAAUACUGUUAAGCAGAGCAUUAUUUAUUCAUGAGUAGGGCUGUGACAGAUCUUGAACACUGAUAAACAGUAGUGGAAAGGGCAAUUUAGAUUGCUUGGCAUGUCCAAGCAACACUUUAUUUUGCACUAAAUGUGCCGCUGGUUAAACCCAGCUGCUGGUUAACCGGCUAGAAUGCGAUCUUCAAAUGAAUAAGUGUCAAGGCUUGAAAAGCCCCCACAAACUGAUGCUGGUAGAUGUCUCGUGUGAGAGGAGAAUGAGACUAACACAUGGCCCCAUGCCAAAUGACCCAGUUUCCCCUGGUUGGCUACCACAUUGCUGGUAAAAUGUCUGUCCUAGUCAGUAAAAAUCUAGAUUUGCUGCUCCAGCUGUAGGUCAGAAAUGGACUUUUUUUUUUUUUUUUUUUUUUUUUGGUAAAAGCAACUUGCCACAUCUCUUAAGUUACGGGUAAUCCAGUGACGGCAAAGCAUCAUUCUCAUGCUUUAUCUCUUGCCCCUCCAGCAUUCUCCCUGCCACUGGUUUCAAUCUAGACUACACAUAGACUGGGUAGAUUUUUCAAAGGUACAGAUAGCAGUUAUCUACUCUCUGGUCCUUUGAAAAUCUAUUGCAUUAUAUCAUGAGUCUUCUCUUACUUCCACUGGAAACUCUAGUGGAGUCAAUGGAGUUAUUCCUCAUUCUCUACUCACGCUGG